AUGGCUACCUUCGCGCUUGAUACACCAACGGUUAUCGCAGUUUUGGUGAUUUUACUACUUGCAUAUAAGAACCUGCCAUGGGUAUGGCAUUUUCGAUUUAUCCGAACGCUUUUGACUCGACUCUUCAUCACCCCUGUCACUAUCGACCAGCUAAGCCCAGAAUGUCUCUUCCUCCCCGCCAUUCACCGUACAAGAUCGCCCGUGAGCGAAUGCGAUUACAAUAUCCACAAAUCCAAUUCGACAUACUUCACCGACAUGGAUAUCUCGCGGGGCAAUCUUAGUCUUCUUCUAUUCAGCCAGCGCCUGUCGUUCCGUCCAACGCACAAUACUGCAGUCAUGAUCUUAAGUGGUGUACAGUGUGUUUUCCACAGAGAGAUCAAACCAUAUCAACCAUUUGAAGUUUGGUCGCGUGUUCUGAGUUGGGAUGAGAAAUGGAUCUAUAUCGUGACGCAUUUUGUCGUCCGAGGCGCCUAUCGACCAAAACAAUUCUGUCUCCAAAAAGAUAGUGUCGAGAUACCAUCUCGUUCGAGGGAGCAUGGAGACGCCGUGAUGCAAGAGAAGAAGCGCCGAAGCGUGUUCGCGUCUGCAGUGUCGCGAUACGUGUUCAAGCAAGGGAGGAAGACAUUCCCUCCAGAAAAUAUGCUAAAGGAAUGUGGCCUGCUUCCGUCUACAGAUGCCGAGAUGGGCUCUAACCCCACUGGACCUGACCAAACAAAAACUUCUCAUUUAAUCUGGCGAGAAAUUGAGGCAAGACGCAAAAGGGAUUUGGAAGUUGCUCAAUUGAAACUGGGGUGGGACGGCGUCAACAACUGCUUCGAGGGCGAGAUUCAUACGGCGCUUGGAAGAUACACCGAUCUGUUAUGGAGAUAA